AUGGCACUUUGGUCCAGCACACAGCUCUUUACCUCUAAAGUGCCCCGGAAAAUCUUGUUCAUGUUCACCCUGUCCCUCUCUGUCACAUACCUGUUCUAUAGCUUGAUGAGCUGCUACAACUCGCUGCAAUUCCCCCUGCAAGAGAACUACGCGUAUCAAGGGAGGCUGGUGACUGACGAGCCAACUUUUGUCACGCUUAGGGAUAAACUUUACUCCGUGUCUGAAGGUCUGACGGAAUAUACAGACGCCACAACCAAGUUCAGCACCGUCCCCACCGCGCACGAUGAUGCUCAGAGGACCGUGGAGUGGAUCAGGACUCAGGCGUCUCCCACCAAAUCUGCGCUUUAUCAACAGCAGCAGCUCCAGCCCGAGAAAGUGGAAGAGAAGGCGCGCCAGGAGUUCAGCACCACGGACAGCGAACUCGGAGUGAAUUGCACUUCGGAUUACGGAGAGAAGAAGCUGCCGCAAGCCAUCAUCAUCGGGGUGAAGAAGGGGGGGACCCGGGCGCUGCUGGAGGCUUUAAGGGUCCACCCGGAUGUCAGGGCGGUGGGGAACGAGCCGCACUUCUUUGACAGGAACUAUGAGAAAGGCAUGGACUGGUACAGGUGA